AAAGGUUUCUGUCUUCCAAUUUCACGUUCCAAUGUGCAUCAAAUUGCCAUCAAUGGUGGCACGUUCAAGACACAGCCACGCUCUAGCUAGAGAACAGGCGAGAGGCGUGCAAGCAUCCUUCAUAUUAAUCUUGGCCAAGAGGAAGGAAGAAGGGCGGUAAACUUCUCUAUUCUACUGGUAGUUGGACCAACGUUUCACAAUCAUAUGAGUUGCGCACCAGCUCAUCUUUCCAAGUGUCCAAAGGGAAAGCCUCCGCACAUGCAAUCUGGAAAAGAGAGGUUUAUCUUUAUCUAAGAGCGAGGCGACUGCGGGCAUCUCAAAUCUGACUCUAAACCUAGGCUAAAUCACCAUUGAGAAGGCUCCUUCUGUCGUAAGCGCUUGAGCCUGCUCCAGAGCUGCCCCCAGGACAGAUGCUUCUUGUGAUCUAGAAUGUGCCGGUGCAACCCCGUGCCCAACUGCAAAUAUGUAUUUCGCAUAUGGCUGGCCAAAGUUGCUUAGAGCAGUUGAUCACAGCACUCACAGGGAGCUGGUUGUGAGUGUCUGCACGGUGGGAGAGUACUUGGUGCUGGUGACGUCGACCGUGAUCCAAAUUUGGACGGCGGGGCAGCAUCGUGUGAAGAUUGGAGAGGUUGCGCGAGAGGCGGAGUCGCUGGAGCAGGAUGGGGCUAACGAGUGCGCUUCAUUCAAUGAGGCGGCCUCCACUCUAGCUGUGCUGACUGGCAACAACAGCCUCCUCUUCUAUGACGUCAUAACCACUGACAAGCGGCUCCCCCCGGAGUUGGGGGCUGACUCUCAGGCAGUCCCCCUGGUGUCCGUCAGGUUCAGGUCGCGGACGGCCAUCCCUCUGCAAGAUGAGGGCGCCGGCUGCACCGCACUUACUGGAGAUGAUGACCACCUCCUGGUUGGGAUCUCAAACGGAAGGCUGCAGCUGGUAUCGUGGAGGGGCCAGCUCCGGGGGAGCAGCGACCUCUGGGCUGGGGGUUCCGACAACGUCAGCGGCACCAGCUUUAUUCCUGAGGCCAACGCCUUUCCGAUCGCCCCUCAGUCCCCCGCCUACGAGACCCCUACUGCCAGCGCCGGCGGGGCCAACGGUCAUGCGCCUGAUAUUGGCAUCGCAGACCUGGAGUACUGCAGAGAGCUGAAGCUGCUCGUAGCGGUGCUUGCGGACGGGCGCGUCGUUCUCUGCUCAAGCGGGGGCCGGGGCCUGCGGCCAGUGAACGAGAUCGUUCCGGAACGAUGGGUCGGAGUCGCCGACGCGGUCUGCGCCGCCGUGGGUCCCCGCGCGGAGGUCCUCGCCGUCGGCUCGCAGCGCGCGACCGUCGAGCUCUUCGACCUCUCCCAGAACGCCGCGUACCUGCGCACCAUCGCGCUCUUCGACUGGGGCUACUCCGUCGAGGACACGGGCCCCGUUUCCUGCAUCCGGUGGACGCCCGACAACGCCGCGUUCGCGGUCGGGUGGUGCCAGCGCGGCCUGGCCGUGUGGUCCGUGUCCGGAUGCCGUUUAAUGUGCACGAUACGGCAGGGGAGUGUGAGCCACGCGUUGCCUCCGGUCUCGCCCGGGGGGUUCCCCCGGACGCCCUCGAAGAGGAGUGCGGAGCCCAUGGCGGGCGGGGUCGGGGGACUGGCCUGGGGGCAAUAUGGGUACCAGCUGGUGGCGGCGGAGGCAAAGUCGGCGAGCCGGCUGGUGCAGUUUCCGUUUGCGCGGAUGUGUGUCACGCGGCCGGUUGUGGGGAACGCGCAGGUGUUCCAGCUGAUGCAGGCGGAGGACCGCGUGCUCCUGGUACAAAGCGACGACGAGGAAGAGCUGAAGUUGCAGCACUUGGUGGUCCCGCGCAACUACCUCGCCGCCAAUUGGCCCGUCCUCCACGUGGCAGCCAACGAGGACGGCUCCUACCUGGCCAUCGCUGGCCGCCGUGGCCUCACUCUGUACAACAUUCGUGCAAAGAGGUGGCGCGUCUUCGGCGACAUCGCGCAGGAGAAGCAGGUGGCGUGCGUGGGGCUCCUCUGGCUGGGGCGCAUCGUGGUAGCCUGUUUACACCGCGAGGCGACCAAUUCCUUUGAGCUGUGUCUGUACCCGCGCUACCAUCUGGACGAGUCGAGCCUGCUGUGCCGGCUGCCGCUGCCGGACCGCCCCAUCGCAAUGGACACGUGGCAGGAUUACAUUUUGGUGGCGACGAUGCCGUUUGACAUCCGGGUAUUUCACAUCCACGUGGAUGGGGAGCUGUCGCCGCUCAGCACGCCGCCGGUCAGGGCCCGCACGGUGCGUGAGCUGUCCAUUAUGAGCGCUCGCAAGCCCCCCAUCGACAUGCGGUUCGUGCCCACGUCCGGCUUCCCCGAGCUGGACCAGGCCUCGUCCUCCGCUUCGGGGGGGUCCGCAGCCCCCUCGGGGCCCGCCCCCCUUGGGGGGGGGAUCCGGGACCAGGCCGCUGACGCCGUGCUACGUCAGCCGACCCGGUGCAUGCUAUUGCGGACCGACGGGGAGCUGAGCUUGCUGGACUUGGACCGAGGGAGCGAGCGCGCGCUCGUGGCGGGCGUGGAGCACUUUUGGCUGACGGGGGCGCGGGCGCGUGAGGAGGAGCUGCUGAUGGAGGAGGUGCCGUGGUGGGCGUACGGCCAUCGGGGAAUGCAGGUGUGGUACCCGUCCAGCCCCGCGGACACCAGCACCAGCAGCACGGACCUGGACCGCCUGGACCCCGAGCUCGACUUCGACCGCGAGGUGUACCCGCUCGGCGUGUCCCCCGCCGCGGGCGUCAUUGUCGGCAUCUCGCAGCGCCUCGCCCUCUCCGCGUGCUCGGACAUGCCCUGCUUCGAGCCCAUCCCACAGGCGCAACCCAUUUUGCCGUGCCUGCUGCGACACCUGCUACAGCGCGGCGCUCUCGAGGAGGCCGUCCAGCUGGCGCGCCUCUCCGCGAGCCGCCCCCACUUCUCCCACUCCCUCGAAUGGCUCCUCUUCACCGUCUUCGACGCCGAGAUGGCCCAGGCGUCCGCGCGCCGGAAAGCCGCGCUCAAGGCGCAGCAGGCGGGCCGGCCGGGGGGCAAGACGCCCCCCGGGAAACCCCCCCCACCGGAGGGCCGCCCGCCGGGCCAGUCGAUGCUCCAGCGUGCGUGCGACCUGAUCCGGCACUUCCCCGAGUUUCUGGACGUGGUUGUGAGCGUGGCGCGCAAGACGGACAGCCGGCACUGGGCGGAGCUGUUUGCGGCGGCGGGAAAGUCGACGGAGCUGUUCGAGGAGUGCCUAAAACGGAAGCAGUACCGGACUGCCACGUGUUACAUCCUGGUGGUCGAAAAGCUGGACGGGCCCACCAUGGGCCAGCGGAACGCACUACGGCUCCUACAGACGUGCCUGACGGUGUCGCUGUACGAGCUGGCGGGCGAGCUGGUUCGGUUCCUGCUGCGGUCGGGGCGCGACUACAGCGCGAGCGGGCGCGAGGACGAGAAGGACGACGGGAUCCUCAAGUCCUUCUUCCGCUUCGGCUUCACCAGCGCGUCCCCGCAGGUGCGCGCGGACGUGCUGCACGCGACGGUGAAGCACAUCUUGGGCGACCAUGCGGUGGCCCUGAUGCAGCGCAAGGAGCUGGCGGAGCUGGUGGCCUUCAUCAAGGGCACGCAGUUCGACUUCGUCGAGUUCCUGCAGUCGGAUCGCGCCCGCGCAGCCCGCGCAGAGGACUUCCCCUCCGCGCUUCGGAGCAUACGGAGCAAGGUCGGCGGGGACAACCCGAAGCUCCGGUCGGACGCCGAGUUCCUUUUGUACCAUAUGCGGACGGCCGGCUCGAGGGAAUGGACGCUCAUCUUCUCGACGGUGUUGCGACGGCAGGACGUCCUCUUAGAAGUCUUCCGAGCGGACACGAAGGUGUGGGGAGCAUACAGUCGGACAUUGCGAGCCCAGCCCAACGCGCAUCAGUACGAGGACUUUUUGAAAGAGCUGGAGAGGCAACUAGGAACGGCCGCCCCAAAUGGCACAACAAAUGGCCAGCCCCCGAAGAACGUUGAGAUUGAGCCGCAAUCUCCGAAGCUAGCGGCGGGAAAGCAAUAAGAACUUUUAAGGACGCGCGUGUCUUCUCUUGGACCAAAAAGCCCGCUAUUUGCUGCCCCAUGGUCAUGCGGAGGUUGAUUCUGUCCAGCGAGUUUGCAUAUCAC